GCCGAGGUCAAAUGAAUGAGCCCGAGGUCUUACUCGAGGUCGUCGUUCAAAUCAUGUCGAUCUACAGUAUCGUAUCCUCGUAUAUGCACUGAUUAUGAUGGAAGGCAGAUGCGUAUUGUGUAUAUGUAUAUAUAUAAGGAUAUAAACUACAGGUGUCAGGCUAUCACAGUAGUUUGUUGAUCCGAAUAAGGAGACAACAUGGACGCGUUCCAACAGCAACUUUUGAAGCUUGCAGAAGCAAACGAGAAGGCGAAAGAUUCUAGUGCGACACAGGCGAAACAAGAUAGAUCAGCAGUAGCAACUGAUGAAGUUGCAUCGUCACCUGAAACAACUGGUGCUGCGCCGACGACAGGGGAAACAGAAAAUAAAAAUGCAAGCCUUUCUACCGGUGCUAGCACAACGGCCCCGAAGAGGAACCCACUAGGCCUGCCUACUAUGGAAGAUCUACGACGCGAGGCAGAACUGGAGAAACUCUGUCGGACACUGAUCUCCCAGCUCAAAAGCGACCCGCAAGCAGCGGACAGCGGCUUAUCCACAGUCGCUGGGGGAAAAGUACCAGAUGAGGUGAAAGGAUCCUGAACAGAAGUGCGGUGAACUACGGUCUCCAAUGUGGGAGAAGAAAUUGUGAAUGUAAAAAUCAAGGCACGGGUUUCAUCUAGAAGAUCAAGCCGGCCGUGGAGGGCCUCUUGCGGAUACAGUUACAGAGUAGUUGUAAUUGAUCACUUUCUAGCUUCAAUCGACCACAGACUCCGUACAUGGCAAACCUUUACUCGUCUUCUCGUGGUCAUACAAAUACUACGAUUUGAGGUUGCCCUCCUGUCAUAAUUCAAUAUUGUCAUGGUCCACAACGACUAGGAGAACCGUUCAGAGAAUUCUAUUAUUGGACGACGACUAACG